UUACUAUGUUCGACCUAUAGAGAAAAUUCCAUCUUUAUAUAUUGUUGACAAAGAGGAGGCAGCAGCAAUGGAAUGUAAACAAAUAGUAAGCCUACUCUGUCAUGUCUCUUCAAACUCAUGAAGUGCUGCGAAGGUAUCGUAUCGUAUCGUCGGCCUUGAGAGCAGAAAUGAGGACAAAUCUUGUAGUUUUUUCCCUUUGCGUGUUGAUUAGUCCAGUCGUUUCCCUUACUUGCUGGAUGUGCGCUGGAGGCAGUGGUGACUCGUUCGAAGACUGUAACACGAGAAAAGUUGUCGAGAGCUGUGCGAGGUACCCCGAGCGUGGCGGGGAGACCGCGGAACGCUGCGCCUAUUUCUCGUACGUCAGUGACAUAACGGGCAAACUCGUAUACGCAAAGAGCUGCACAUACCCUUCCUACUGCAAGAGGACUGGUAACGAGUUUCAAACGUUUUGCGACAAUGUAAAGGAUGGAGCAAGUCGAUGUAAUGUUGAGUGCUGCACAACAGACAACUGCAAUGACCGCGUCCAAUUUGUCAACGUCUCCGGUGGGACGCCUGUGGAUGGAGAAGGGGAUUGGUGCGAGUGGCUCGAGUCUGGGUCAGAUGGUGCAUUUCCAUAUAUGGCUUUCAUCUGCAUAAUGACCUUGGCUAUGUAUAAGUUCUUCUGAUACGAAUGACCUCUAGCUGUCAAGCUGUAGCUGGAAGGCUUGGCUAAACGUCAGCAAACCCGUCCAUAAAUUUGGAUUUUCCUUGUAUGAACAGGCUUGUUCUAUAGAAAUCGAGGUGUGAAGUCCCAUUGUGAAUUCAGAACGGGAAUUCUGAAGUUGCUCCGUCUGAUAGGGGGACUUGUCAUUUCUUGUAUUUGCUAAGGGGAGGGAGGGGCGCUAUUUUCUAUUCCCGUCUAUACUGGGGGAGGGGGAGGGAGGUUUUAUGACCUUGUAUCUCUUCGCUUAUUUGAUUACUGUACAAAUUUCGGCUAGAAGCUAGUGUUAGAAUUGAAUACUCUAUCUUGUACAAAUUAUGUAUUAAAUAUUAUUUGUGUCCUGCUGACUGGCCCUGUAAUUCAGCCCUUGGCUGCAAAAGGGUGUAAUAAACCAGUGAUUGAAUGAUAUAAUGUAGUUAUUUUAAUAUUGAUAAUUGAAAUAUACAUUGUUCAUGAAA